AGUCAAAACCAAUACACUCAUUGUAACAUACAACAUAACUCUAUACCAGCACAUAUUCUCAACAAAGGUAUGUAGUAAUAAAACAAGUACUGAUCUGUGACUCCAGAUACGAACGAAGGCGAAGACGAAGACGAAAACGAAGAGAAAAAUACCACGUAGUCGGUACUUUGGUCAUGGUCGGCAAUGGUUACCUACAUUAUUCUCAAGUAUACUAUCGUAGAGUGAACAACGUUUACGCAAUUAACGGGUUUUGCGCUUCUUCGUUUAAUCGUCGGAUUUUUUCGUUUCAUUACAUUCAUGCACAAAUACACACACAGUAUACUUUAGUAUGUUGUCUGGAUAAACUGCGAAUUUCAUGGCAUUCCGUUGUGAUCCAUUGAAUUCAGUAUUUUCAUACAUUCGGAUCGUCGCAUUUUUGAAAACUAUUCGCUUAUUUUCACUUUGCGGAUUAAAAUCGAAAAAAAAACAUCUAACGAUCAGCCGAAUUGACGUUAUUAAAAUAUUACAAUAUUAAAAACAUAAAAAAAUAACAAAAAAACGACGAUUUUGUUUUACAACACCGAUUGCAGCUUCUUUGUGUAUCCGUGCAAGUAGUGCAUACAUACAUACGUACAUACAUACAUACAUACAUACAUACAUACGUACAUAUGUAUUGUUGUGCGUACUUGUCUACAUUGGUAUUUGCAGAAAAGAGGAAAUUCUUGAACUCCGCCAUAUUUAUUUUGCCACGACAAUAAAAAACAAGAUAUUACACUUACCACAUAUCCGCACCACGAAAGCAUGACAAAGCUUUAAAUAUAUGUACAUACACAUAUAGGCAUACAUAUGUAAGCAAAGAAUCAAUGGGCGCACGACGCUUCAGUGUGGAAGUCAGUAGUUCUACAGUCAAAUUCCAUUAGCCAGAAUACUUGAGCUGCAUUCUUUUAACCUUUAAAUUUCAAGUGCCAAAAAUAAAGAGAUCAACAGCAAUAAUAAAACCAAUUUGUGUAUACGUGUGCGUGUAUAUUUUGAAAAAGUGUAAAUAUAAUAUAAGAAUCUGGAUCUACAACAAAGUAGUACUGUAGGGUGUAUGCAAUGUUCAGUGUUGCGGGUAUGCUUAUUAAUAAGUACGGAAAUUAACAGUUUUACACGUACACAAGUAUCUUUGCAUACAUAUUGACAAAGGUGUGUGUGUGUAAAUGAGAAGAAAAAUUAAGAAUGAAUAUCUUGCAUGAUCGCAAUUGUUGUAAAUAGUUUUAUAUGAUUGUGUUUAAAAAUAAUUUGGUGAAAAUAUGUAAAACAAACGAAUUGAAGUUUAAGAUGGAAUAAAAUAGCUGGAUUCAAGAACCACUUAGAAACCCAUCAAAACCAGAAAAUCAACUUUGUUAACGGCUUUGCUUGACAAAACUUCGGUAUACUCAAUUCACUUGUGCCUCAUAUGUGUAUGUGCAUGCAUAAAUUUUGCUGCCACUAAUCUCUCUGCCUUACAUGCGUACUCAUAAAAGCUUUCUUUUUAUGCCUAUUGCCUUUCGUCAAGUGUCACUUGAAACUGUGCUUGAAACUGUGACUAAAAGUAUAUUUAAUCCCACUAAAUAAUUAGGCAGCUAACUUUUUUCCGCGCAUACAAAUAUUUUAGCACACAAAAAAAUGGGUGACUCUACGCCUAUAUGUCGGUGUCGCGUACUUUAUUUGGGCAGUGCUGUGCCGCGCCAGAGCAAGGAUGGGCUACAAGGUAUUCAAGAGCCAUUACGCAGUCUUUAUCCUUCGGAAGGUGCAAUCGGCGCUAAAGGCAUUGAUUCAUGGUUAAGUGUUUGGUCAAAUGGAAUUCUACUUGAAAACGUUGAUGAGAAUUUAAAACAAAUUACGCGAUUUUUCCCCAUUGAAUCACUGCACUAUUGCGCAGCUGUACGUCAAGUUCUAAUACCAGAACGCGGAAAUUCUAAGACCGAACCGAAAUUUCUACCACUUGACUCACCGUUCGCUCGAAUGCCCCGCGCACACCAUCCACCCAUAUUUGCCGCUAUACUACGCCGUACGACUGGCAUCAAAGUGCUUGAGUGUCACGUGUUUAUUUGUAAACGGGAAGCUGCCGCAAAUGCUCUAGUCAGAUGUUGUUUUCACGCAUAUGCCGACAAUUCGUAUGCCCGUCAAUUGGAGACAGGCAGUUCUGGUGGCGGUGCUGGCAGCAGUGCCUAUGGCACACUCAAAAGUGCUGUUGGUAGCAAAUCAAAUGGAGACCUAACUGGCAUCGGCUUGUCCAAUGGUAAUCAUCAUCAUAUAGGCGCCUCCUCAAGCCAAGGUGGGUGGCGUUCACGCGCCGGUAGUACAACCACCCUGAACAGUGUUGGGAGGCAAUCCAAUGGCCAUACUUUUAAUGGCACCAGUGGCAUCAGCCUGAAUGGUGGAGGAAGCAAUAGUAGCGCCGCUGAAGGGUACACAUCUGUGAAGAAUUUUUAUGGAAGUAGUGCCGAUUUGAAUGUAACCGUCGAUGAUGGCGAGACUUCUAUAUACAAUGGAGAUGAGAACCACAAAGUCUGGAAUGGUUCGCAAGAUCAACUUGAUGCUAUAGCAGUAGAAAGUCCAUAUGAAGUGUUUUCGGGCAACACAUCCACUUUGGGACGACCUGUGAGAGCUCGUCAAAUAAGCACACCCAUCGAUGUACCUCCCCCACCGAUGCGUGAGGAAGCUUAUAAAAAACGUAAAGAUAAGGGAGCAUCAAAAACGCCUGGCAGCCAAAGCCUCUCCGGGACACUAAUACGUCCGAAGCCUAUUCAUCCAGUAACAUUGCAGCGGCACGGAGUUUAUGCUGGUGUUCCAGGAAAUGGUAUUUACGGUCCAGUGGUUGGAUCCGGAGCAUAUCCAUCGCCACAAGGCUCACGAAACUAUCACACAAUCAGUCAUCGAGGUUUCCAUGGUGGUCCUCUGGGCCCACCUCCGCACAAUCAUUACCCUGGCAUGCCACCUCCGCCACAAAUGAUGCAUCCACCACAUAUGGGCAUGCCCAUGCAAAUGCCCGUCAUAAUGCCACAACAAUAUGCAACGCUGCAAUCCACGCGCACGACAAAGAAAAAGAAGGAUAAAAAGAGCAGUGGCAUACCUGUUGGAUUACCCAUUGUGCCACCUGUUUAUGCAUUCCAUCAGCCCAUGGGUGCAUCGCCGCAAUCGCAACCUGCUAUUGCGCAAUCCCUGAUCGGCGAACCGCGUCCACUGGCGAUGUCGAAUCGCAAGUUGGCAGUGUCCAUGGGCAAUGGACUCGAUGACGCACUCAAUUCGGGCACAGAAUCACCAGGCGGUACAGGCAUCUACCGACGAAAAGGUCAUCUAAACGAAAGAGCCUUCAGUUAUUCUAUACGCCAAGAGCACCGCAGCCGUAGUCAUGGCUCAUUAGCUAGUCUACAGUUUAAUCCACCUGACAUGAAGAAGGAACGCGAAAUUGCCCAAAUGGUAGCCGGACUUGAUUUGAGUGCUAGCGAAGAAAGGGAAAUGGAUCGAAAACACAUGCAUGCAAACAAUGGCGGUGGAGCUGGCAUUCAGCCGCCUCAAGCGAUUUACGGAAACGGAGUUACAACUGCGGUAUACGGCAACAACAUGGGUCCGGGCAACUUUGGCAAGGCUCGAAGAUAAAUCAAUUUGAUGGAAUGCAAUGACAUUAUUGUGCAUUUCUAUUCAGAAGAGGUCAUAUAAAUAUGUUUUAAAGCGUGUGUAUGUAGUAUCAUUUUAAUAAUUACGGUAGGAUAACAAAUAUAAUUUUGUGGCGUAAAUAUGUAAUUAUUACUAGGCUAAGUUAUGUGCGGACAUUUACAUAUCCGAUCUGUAUAUUAAUUUGCAAAAAAGGAAAAAAAAGACGAACACGGUUUAGGACCUACAACAAAUACUGAAUUACAAAUGCGCCUAUUCAUACAGCUGUAAAAAUAAUAUUAAUAAUAAUAAAGAAGGUAAAACCAAAGAGAUACCGGAGUAAAAACGUCGGCGGGUUCUUCUUUUGUAUGCGUUAGCGAUUUGCUCUCUUAUUUGCUUCUGAAUGCUUUCCCUUUAAAUUAAGAGUUUCUAACGCUGUAAAACUAUUUAAAGGAACAAAGAUUAUUAAUUAAGCAAAAUAUUAAUAUUUUAGAAAAAUAUACAUAUGGACACAUAAAAUAUUUCCCAAAUAGUUGAGCCGCUUAAAUAUGCACUAUUUAUUUUUCCUAAAACCACCGCUCGGUUGCAGUUGUUCAACGGGAUUGAAAUCAUUAGAACUCAGUUAGUGUAGAAUUGACUUAGCUUAACUGAACUUAUCUUAACUUAACUUAAGAAAUUGGCAAAUAUAACACUUCAAUGUCUUGUUUUGUGUCUAACUACCAUAUAUUACAUUUGUUUCCAUUCGCAAAAAUUAUUUUCCAAAAUAUUUUCUACGUACAUUUAUUUUAAGAAUUAUAAAAUCAAAGAUAUGGCAAGCCCGCUUCCUCGACUAACCGCUAACGCAGAUUUCCAUCUAAGAGGUUGGGCGAAAGUUUAAUUUAUGUUAAGUUAAGUUACGUAAAUUAAGUCUAGACUAACUGAGCUCCUACAGCAUCAUACAUAGUCAGAGUAUUGUAUAUAGGGGGAAAUUUUACAAAGUCAUGCAUACUUCCAAAUUUUUAUGUAUUAAUAAAAAGUGAAUGGCAAGCCAUAUUGAACAGGUAGGCUUUUUAAUAAAAAGUAUCGGGCACAAUAGUUUUUCCGUACACCACAGCAGGUUCAGUGGUGAAGGAUUUGAGCCUCGAAUGCAUCAAGCUUCAGUCCCUAUGAUCAUUUACUUAAGCCAGAUUGAUGAGCUCGCUUGCAAUCUUCAUCUGGUUGCAGUAGACUUCACUGUUUUGUUUUUUGGUGCGUGAGGUAGGGUUCAAAAUGCUUGCGCACGACCUAAUCAGCAGACACGUCCAGGGGAUGGGUGUGUAAACAAAUGACUUCUGCAGAGUUGGUCCAGAUGAAAAAGAGACGAUCCCGCACCUUUUAUGUCAUUGCCCGUCUAUAGCCAGACGUGGAUUUACGAUUUUAGAUAGACAAUUCUUUAAUGAAUUGGAAGAUUUCCUCAGUACUGUGGAAAUCAGCGAUCUUUUAAAAUUUUUCAAAAGUACACAUUAUUUUUAGGAGAGAUAAGGAUAAGUUCCCCAUGCUGCAUCACAAUGGCUAUGAUCGUGAGUGUGUCCCACAGUGGGCAACCGCUUCAACCUAACCUAACCAACAGCGAUCGUCGUCUACUGCGUUGAUUGGUGUGACCACUAAAACAAUCUCUCCUCUCCAUCUGGGUAGACACCUUUCCCGGGACUACUUUUUGCAUUACUUCGGGAGGGCCCAGAACGGCAUCCGUAAAGAACCAAUUCUAUUCACCCACAUCUCAGUCCACCGUAUUUGUAGCCAGCUUUCAAGCUAUAGGCUCGCCUUCUUGUUUUUCAAUUAGUGCGAUUUUGCUUUGUUGCACUGCGCCGAGGUCUAUCUUUUUCCCCGUAGUAGGUCCUCGAUGUAUCUCUUCACGGCGUUCUAGCAUUUGAGCAUUUUGCUGAUUUGUUUGCUCGGCGCGAUGUCGCAAAUCUGCUUUCUCAGAGCAUCUCUUUCCGCAAGUCAUCUGUCACAACUAAAAAACGUAUGUUCAGCGCCAUCGCUCGGCGUUUCUCAGUAUAUACACUUGGAAUCGCUUACCUUGCCAUGCAGUAUAGGUAUCUCCGAAGCAUCAGUAGCCCACGAGGAACUGAGUUAAGAAGUAAUUCACUUCCACGAAGUUCUUUGGAUCCAUAUGCUUAUUAAUGGAAUGAGUUUCGCCAUCCAUUUGCCACUCGGCUCAGUGUCCCAUCGGCUUUGCCACCGCGGUAUGGUUUGGCAUAUCCGUUCCGGAAUGACGUGUUUUUUUUUUUUGGGUCCCACGCAUCCCUCCGUUCCCCGGCAAUGAGGUUGGCGCCUAUCUAGCCGCUGAUCACAAAAACUGCAGCGCCAAAGACAGUGCGGUAGGCUGGGGCAACUCUGCGGGCCGCUGUUCGUUGCACAACCUCUAAUAUUUUGCGCUACGCUUUUCAAUUUAGUGCAUCUCCACAUACUUUGCUGCCGUUUCGGAGAAUUGAGUUUGUGGCCGCCACGAUUAGCCUUGGACCACCGAUGUUUGCCAUUAAUCUGUUUGGCAUUUCUUUAUACUAAACUGCCCUGAUAUUAAAAAAACUUAAAUUGCAAUUUCUUAAAAUGCUCCGAAAUAUCAAAACAAUUAAUGCAAUUUCGAACGUGUUCGUGCAAACUACCUGGAUGCAAGUUUUUCUUGUUCUUCUCUUUAAAAGUUUUAAGAAUGAAAAAGAAUGAAAAAUAUUCGCAAUGUUGAUGUUAACUGUCAUUUUUCGGCAAUUUUGUCAUCGCUAAUCCCCUAGUCUGCUUAAAUUAUGAGAAUUAAGUCGAGUUGUCAAUCCGCAUUAGCCCCACUUAAUUCCUGAGAUAAUUCCGGAUUAAGUCGCUUAGCCCAAUUAACGCCACUGUCUACUUAGUCUAUUAGGGACGUUCCAAAAUCCGCCUAAUACGGAGCUUGGACUCUUGGAAUGUCGUUGGAAAAAGUGUGCCCAUUUACUUUGCAGAAUUUUAAGAUUUUAAGUUUUACACAAACCUCUAGCAGUGGAACAAAAACAACAAUUGAGUAUAUUUUGUUGUAGCGUUCGGUGUCUUGAAUUUCAAUUUUAUCGUUGACUAAUUUUGCUAUUUAGAGACCAAAUUAUCUGUAAGAAAUCAAGUCAACUGCUCUACUGUCACUACCUGUGUUCAAUACGUUUGUUCGAAAUUAAUGCAAUGAAGCCGGCCCAACUUUUACUCUAUUUAAUUUGUUUUGGGAAAUUAUAUUAUGUAAAAAAUUUUCUAACAAUUUGUGUAAAUAAUUUGUGUAAGCAUAAACUUCAUAUAAGCGCAAAGGAAUAUAUUUAAAUAGACAUGUAAUCGUAUUUACGUGUAAAUCUAAUAUUUUAAGCUAAACUUCAAAUGAGUUUUUAAUGGAAAAUGCCGAUAUGCUUAUAAAUAAAAAUAUAUUCAUAUUUAUGUGGGUAUAGUCGGAAAUAUACAUUUAUACAUAUUUAUACACAUGUAUGUAAAUACAUAUUUAUACGAGCAUUCUUAUACAUAUCUAUCUAAAAAUGAACAUAAGUGUACUUGUAAAUUGCAAAUUUUUCAAUAGCUGCAUUCUCAUUUGCUAACGAGUUUGAAAGGCGUGAUUUAAAUAGUGAAAUUUACCAACCAAAAACCAAACGAAAAAAGAAUAACUUCGGAAUCUUAACUGAAUAUAUUAAUUUAUUUACUCAAGAAAUAUAAAAUAAUUUUUUGGUAUUUAACUGAAAUUUUCAAAGUAUUUCAACAUAUUUUAACUAUUUACAACAACACUACAAAUUAGUGUGCGUAUCGUUAAAGCGCUCUCAACUCACACCGCUUACCUAUAUCAAUUCCCCCAGCUUAUUUGCCUUGUUGCUGUGCAUCAUUGAGUAAGUAACAAAAUAGAGUAUAUCCUCUUCUUUUCAAACUUCUGCUUUACAAAAAGGAGAUGCACAACAUAUUUGAGUGCCAGUACAGGCACCCCACAUACAAAAUAAUUUUUAUGCGAGAUUGGGACUCUCUAUAUGUUAUAUGUUACUAUAUGAUACUCAAUGUUUGCAAGCGCUUCGAUACGAGUAUAUGCAUGUCCUAUAUACCGAAUGCUCUUUUGCGACUCGACUGUAAAUGUAUGCAGCUAAUGUUAAGUUUCUGAAUGCAUAUAAAAAAUAUGAAUAGAAUUAACAAAAUUACGAUGCUGGUCAAUAAAAUUUGAGUAGAUUCAAUACAUAUGUAUGCAUAUUGGAUAUAUGUAUGUAUGUGCGUUAUGUAUUUUUAGGUACUUUCCUAAAUAUAUGCAAAAUAAUCGAGCAAUUCAGAAGGUGUUGUGGGGGUAUAAUUUUUUAACACCAUAGAUAUGCACAGUUGCAUCGUCAUGUUUGAUUUUCUUUACGAAACAACAACAAAUUGUUCGACAAAUAUCGUGAAAUGAAAUGAUUUCAGAACGCACACAACGUUAGACGCCUUGUGAAUUGCCCAAAUGUUUAUAAUUUGUAUUACUUAUUUUCUUAUCCUU